AUGACAGCCCACAAUAGCACCGAACUUGGUUCAUCUAGAGAAAGGCAAUUGGCAGAACUUGUGCAACUCGUUCAGAGUAUCACAUCUCCAAAACUCCAUAUUCCCGAAGGCGCGUCAGAACCUAGCCCUGUGAAAGGACAGGACCUAAGAAAGUUGCCUGACGAGUUGGAACAACUUCUCCGCAAAUGUUCAGACGAAGGACUUGGUCCAGAAGGAUUCAGCAAUGCAGUCUCGUUGCUUAGCGAGAAUUCAGUGAAUAAUGCGUCGCCUGGCUUCCUGGGGAAAUUGGUCUCUGCGCCAUCCCCGCCAGGAACGGCCGCUGAUCUGUUUUUGUCGAUUUUCAACAACAAUGGCCAUGUGUGGCGUGCGUCACCGGCUCUCACGGCGGUUGAGAAACAUGUUAGCAAAGAGCUGGCCAAGCUGUUCGGUCUGGAAGGUCCACACGCUGGAGGCGUUACGGUGCCUGGGGGAGCUGCAGGCAACAUGCUCGCCCUGCUCGUGGCUCGCAACAUCGUGUCACCGGAGUCUAAGCAGCAGGGUGUCGCGCCUGGGAAAUAUGCGAUCUUCGUCUCAGACGCAGCUCAUUAUUCAGUGUCUAAUGCGGCACAGAUCGUGGGGCUGGGCAGCGACUCGGUUAUCAGCGUGCCGGCAUUGGACGAUGGCACAAUGGACGUCGAGGCUCUCGCAGCCGCAGUAGACGAUGCCAUUCAGAACGGUAAAAAGCCGCUGUUCAUCAAUGCCACCGCGGGAAAUACGGUGAAUGGUGCCUUUGAUUCGAUCGACAAGAUCGGAGAGAUCGCACGCAAGGCGAACGCGUGGUUUCAUGUUGAUGCCUGCUGGGGAGGGGCGGUUGCAUUUUCUGAUAACCUGAGACAUCUGAUCAAGGGAAGUGAACUGGCGGAUAGUAUUGCCUUCAACCCCCACAAGAUGCUGGGUGUGCCUCUUGUUUGUGCCUUCCUGCUGACCAACGAUCUGCGGACUUUCUGGCUGGCCAACAAACUCAACGCGGGAUACUUGUUCCAUGACAGAACGACUGGGGAAUCUGAACUAUCCGACAAUGGAGUAAAUGGAAACAACAACGAAUAUGAUUGGAGAAACUCCAAGCUCGUGGAAGAAGCUCCCGAUGUGGCUGAUAUCCGGGAUUUAGCUUCAUUGACGGUACAGUGCUCUCGGCGGUCCGACGCAACAAAGCUGCUCCUACACUGGAUCUACUAUGGAACUAGAGGCAUUGCCCGCGAAGUUGAGCAGGCUGUCGACAGUGCACAGUACCUGGCUACUCUCGUCAAGGCCCAUCCGCGACUAGAGUUGAUCGGAGACAUUGACAAAGUUUUCGCUCAAGUUUGUUUCUAUUGGAGACCAAAGGGAGAGGAGGAGAAUGGGGCAUCGGCUACAGCUCUUACAGCCGUCGUCAACAGCCACAACACUCGUGUCUUGUAUGAGCACCUCACGGAGCACGGGUGGAAGAUCGACUACGCGCCGUAUAAUUCAACGGGAGAGUGUAUUCGAAUCGCCUGUAACCGGUUAACUACACGACGAGGAGUUGAAGCGUUGAUUUCGGUAUUGGUGCGACUGGGAGAAUCAUUAGGAUUGUAA